UCAUAUAGCCGACCCCACUUAGUGGGAAAAGGCUUUGUUGUUGUUGUUGUUGUUGUGGAUAAUGUGGAGAGUUCAUCCCAAAUUGAAGCCUUAAUUGGAAAGCAACCUUCAUUUGGUGGCGGAAGUCGAAUCAUUAUAACAACUAGAGAUAAACAGUCACUAAGCAGACUUGGUGAUGAGAUAUAUGAGCCCGAGUUUUUAAACAACAAUGAUGCUCUCAAGCUGUUUAUGCAGUAUGCUUUUAGUAGAAAGCAACCCACAGAAGAAUACAUUGAUCUGUCAGGCCAUUUCACAAAAUAUGCUCAAGGUUUGCCUUUAGCACUCAAAGUCUUGGGAGCAUUUCUCGAAAACAAAAGUGAACGUGCGUGGACAGAUGAGUUAAAGAAAAUAGCCAGAAAUCCGAACCCGGGAAUCCAGGAAAUGCUUAGAACAAGCUUUGAUGGACUAGAUAGAUAUCAGAAGGAAAUAUUUCUUGAUAUUGCAUGUUUCUUUAAACAAAUGAAGAAAGACUUUGCAACAAGGAUUAUGGAGGGUUGUGGCUUCCAUCCCCAUACCGGAUUAGACGUUCUAGUUGGUAGAGCUCUUGUCACUAUCUCAUCUGAUGGUGUACUCGAGAUGCAUGAUUUACUAGAGGAAAUGGGUCGCGAAAUCGUACGCGAGAAAUCUAUAGAAGAGCCUGGGAGUUGCAGUAGGUUGUGGAGCGAUGAAGAUGUCCGUCAUGUGUUAACUAAAAAAACGGCUACUGAAGCAGUUGAAAGCAUAAUUGUGCAUUGGCCACACUCAGACAAUGUGGUGGAAUUAGAUACCGCUUUUCUUAAAAUGACAAAACUAAGGCUACUCAGAGUCCAUACCCACAAUAUUCUACCACUGAACAUGCCAUAUGGUCAAUGGAAAUACAAGGAUCUAAAGUUUCUCUGAAAAACUAAGUUAUCUGUUCUGGCACAAUUGUCCCCUAAAGUCUUUAUCGUCCAAUUUUAACCCCGAGAAUCUUGUUGAAAUUGACAUGCA